UCUAUCACGUUCUGUUUGAGUCGGAGUUGCCUGCGCAAGUUAAUUUAUGCAGACUAGACCCAGUAAGUUCAGAGCAGCCAAUACACAAGAAGUAUGCACAAUUGCACAUAGAAUUGAGCAGUGACGUUCAUUGUACCAGACACCCAACCGCUAAACAGUUCAACUUCCUACGGGCAACUACUUUUAAGGAUGUGCGGAAGAACUGCAUGUACUCUGGACCCAGAGGAGGUGAGCCGCGCCUCUCGCUACAGAAACCGCCACGGGCAGCGACGUCAGCCAAGAUGGAGAGAUGGAGAUGCAGACAAAUAUCGGCCGUCCUACAACAAGAGUCCACAGUCAUUUAGUCCGGUGCUUCUGUCUCAAAGACAUUUUGAUAAGGAUGCGUCAGUGGAUGAAUGUGUGGUGGCCGCGAUGCGAUGGGGUCUGAUCCCAUCCUGGUUCAGAGAAGAUGACCCCCGCAAGAUGCAGUAUAGUACCAACAAUUGCCGCAGUGAAAGUCUGUUAGACAAAAAGUCCUACAAGGACCCUUUUCUGAAAGGACAGCGUUGUGUCAUCCUCGCUGAUGGCUUCUAUGAAUGGAGACGACAGGGGAAAGAGAAGCAGCCCUUCUUCAUCUACUUUCCACAGAGCCAGCCAGACUCCGGUCUUGGAGAGGAGGAACAACCGGAUGAGAGUGACGUUGAGUUCCCCCCAGAGGAGAAGGCCUCAAACAUUGAAGAGGAAAGUGAAACAGAUAAGUGGACCGGAUGGAGAUUGCUGACUAUCGCUGGACUGUUUGACUGCUGGAAACCUCCUGGGGGCGAAGAGCCCAUAUAUACAUACACUGUUAUCACAGUCGAUGCCUCCCCAAACCUUCAGAACAUUCACGAUAGGAUGCCUGCCGUUCUGGAUGGAGAGGCAGAUGUGAGAAGGUGGCUUGACUUUGGUGAAGUGAAGUCAUCUGAUGCCCUAAAACUGCUACAGCCGACAAACAUUUUGACCUUUCACCCAGUUUCGUCUCUUGUCAACAACUCUCGGAACAACUCACCAGAAUGCCUGCAGCCUGUGGAUCCCCAAGCCAAAAAAGAGCCCAAACCUACAGCAAGCAGUAAAAUGAUGAUGAGCUGGUUGAAGGACAGCUCCUCAUCAAAGAGGAAAGAGCCAAGCAUCUGCGACGCCACAACCCGCGAGCAACAACCCAAGGCCAAGGAGGACCUCAAGUCUUCUGGGACUCUCGAGAACUGGCUGAAGAGCGCCAGCAAGAAAGCCAGAAUCGACUGAUUGUGUAAAUAGAGAUCUCAAAGGAUUGAUGUGCACUUUUACCGUCCCUUGUGUUCCAUAUGGAACUGUUUGUUGUCAGAAACAUCCUUUUUAAUAUGAAAUAAUAAAAGUUAAAUCCAGUUA